UCUCUUUUUGCGACAACCAAAUUUCCUCUACAAAACUAGCCUUGGUGUUUUCUAGGCGUGGAGCCCAAACGGAUGCGUGCAACCGCCCAGAUUUAGCUGAUGGUCUUCGCCGACUAACAUGACUCCGAUAUCAUCGCAGAGAUACGACCUCUCUACUGUAUGCCAAAAGGAAUGCAAUCAAACUGGGCCAAUCUUCCGAAUGAAUUUGCCUAAUCUCCCGACAUACGAUUGGCUCUGUCCUGUCUGUUAGCGUUCUACGCGAAUCGUAUCCGGAGCAAGGUCAUAAAUCUGAUUGCGCAUUCCACUACUGACCAGCGACUUCAUUGUAUAAACACUAUGGCGAUAGAGGGGUUCUGCUUGAGUAGCUUCAACCUCCAAUCACAAGAAGUAUGAUCUCUGUUUAUGUAAUGUAGGAUCCAUCGCACGGCUGACAAACUCACAACCCCCACUACGCACACCAGAGACAUAAUAUGAAGAUGUUCGAAUACCAUAUUCGGACUACUCACCAUGGACGCCAUAACACAGAAACACGCCAGCCUGAUCUCCGGGCUUCACGAAAUUUACGCUCUCUUAGCAGCCAUGCGCUACAUCCUCCCAAGCGACAUCGUACAGCCCCCGCACGACGCAAACAUGAUCCAAAACUCCACGUUCCUAGAUCUCGGCUACGACAUCGACACAAUCAACGUAAUGAGGGCCAUCCCCGCUCUGCGCACUGAAGUUGUCUGGGGCUGGCAGAAGGAAGGCAUAGAGCUGCUUCCGCGGUCUAAAUUGGUGAACUACUUCAUUACUCCAGAAGAUGAGUGGGGCCAAUUCCUGCGAUGGGGUGAUUGGUCGAUGAUGGCGCGUGGACGAGAAGAAGGGGAGGCAGUUGAUAGUGGACAUAGACUGCUGCCGCCUUGGAUGUUGAAGUUGACGAUUGGGGGGAUGUAUAAUGGGCAGUAUGGGGUGGAUUUGGUGUAUAAUGUGAAGAAUGGGGAGAUAAUUGAAUGGUCGCGCAUCGGUGGUAAGCUCUGGGACGAGUCGCCCAAUAAGCCAGCGGAAGUCGUUCUUUCCGGCAUCGUGUCUAGUUUCAAGAACUUAGCCUGGGUACCACAUAUCUCCUCUCUCGAUCAAGUUGGGGAUACUCCGCGCAUGCGUGAGAUUCUUGAGAACCCCGUCCUUGUCGGGAAUAUGCUCCCAGGAUUCAUCCGACUGUCGGAAGACCCCGCGCAAGCUAUUCAAGAGUUAGAUGGUCCAUAUCAGACGCAAAUGAGGAUGCGAGUCAACCGUUGGAAAGCAAUUCAGAAGUUGUACAGAGAUUGUAGAUGGGGAACGGAUGGUUUUGAUGGCGAAGAGUUUGGGAGGAUAAGAGCGGAGUGGUUGAGGGAGGAGAGGGAAGGGAAGCAACUGGCGAGACAGAGUAGGGUGGCACGAUUGAUGGCUAAUCAAUGGGGAUUUGAUAUCUCUGAGCGCAACAGAAAACAGAAUGGACAGAUAGCACCGGAUAGAGAGUGGGAGAUGACAUUUUGGACGGAGAAAGCGGGAGUCGAUGCAGUGUAA